AUGAGGUUUGACUGGAUUAAUAUAGAAAUUUUUUUAAUUUUUCAGAAUCAAAAGGACCAUUUAAUUGAACAUUUAAUUAACACAAAAACAUCCUGGAAAUGUGAAAAAUGUAAACCAACUAAAAUUUUCUUUGAUAUUUGGUCAAUUAAAGAACAUCUAUUUAUUUAUCAUACACAAGCAAUAUUUAGAUGUUUAUUUUGUUUAAAAUUAUUUACUGAACGGUCUUUAUUAACGGUUAGAAAGAAAGAAAAUAUUUUUCUAAAUAGACAGACUUCACUAUAAAAUAAAAGGGCUGAAAAUAGUCGCUUAUAAUGAGCUGUAUGUUAAAUAGAGGGUGAGUAGAGGGUAGUAGAUGUAUGUUAAGUAGAGGGUGUAUGUUAAGUUGAGGUCAGGGAAGGGUCGGGAUGAGAAAAAAGUUGUGUCGGAUUUUGGAUCGCAAAAA